UUAAUUUAUCCCACUCCCGCCACGUUGUGAAACCCCAAACUAAAAAGUCUCACUCUACAGUCCAAACACAAGAAAUCACCACUCACUCACUGAGAAGAUUCGGGUUCAGGGUUUAGGAAAUGGUGUUAGCAAGGAGAAAGAGAGAACCGGACAAUGAGAAUGACGGCGGAGGAGGCGGUGGUAGUGGCGGUGGUGGGGGAACGUAUGAAGAGCUUAGAGAACAAAGAAUCAAAGAGAAUAAAGAACGGCUGGAGAAGUUGGGAAUUCUGAAGCUUGCUCUCAAUCUCAGACCAACCAAACCCACCACUGACAAGAAGAAGAAACCCCAUAACCCCACUUUGCUUCUCUCUGAUUCACCUAGGCGCUCCUCUAGAUUGAAGACUAUGACUACUGUUAACUACACGGAGAAAGUAGCUAAAACAAAGAAAGGGGAAUCUGAGGAUGUGGAGAUUAGGUUAGGAGAAGGUUCAAAGCCAGAGAUAUAUAAAGAAGAAGAUGAGAAACUUUUGGGUGACUGUAAAAUGGGUUGGACUCUGCUUGUGGAUGGAUAUGGGAGGGACGGGAAGCGAAUAUAUGAUCCGGUGAGAGGUGAAACUUGCCAUCAAUGCAGGCAGAAAACACUUGGGCGUCACACCUAUUGCUACUUAUGCGACAGCGGCCAAGGGCAGUUUUGUGGGGAUUGCUUGUACAUGAGAUAUGGAGAGAAUGUGAUGGAAGUCAAUAAGAACCCAGAUUGGAUUUGCCCUGUCUGUCGUGGAAUUUGCAACUGCAGCCGUUGCCGGAAGACAAGAGGGUGGGCACCUACUGGUCAAAUUUAUAAAAAGGUUAAACAGCUGGGAUUUAAGUCUGUGGCACAUUAUCUGAUUCAAACCCGAAAGGAACAAUUCCAAUCAGAAGGGUCUGAUGUUGCAAAUAUGAAUUCUGGAGGAAGCGAACUGGCUCUUGUAGAAAAAGAAUCACAGUCUGAUAAAGAUGUACUUGAGAUGGGAUUGAAGGAAAAAAAAGUAAGAUGUCCUAAGGUUAUAUAUGUAAAUGAUGAUGACAGUGAUGAUGACGAUGACAAUGAUGAUGACAGUGAUGAUAAUAGUGAUGAUAACGAAGAUGAUCAAAAGAUAACAAAUUGAAGACGGAAGAGAAAAGAAGAAAGAUGUGGCCAUGCCGUAAUUUUGUGAAUCAGUAGUUACUGAAAUUUUGCUGGAAAAUUGAGAUUUUGCUCUUCUACUUGGGAAAUGAAUGUUCCCCCGUUUAAUAGGGACGAUACCAGUGAUGUGCAGUUGUAUAGAAUUUGAGCAACUCAUUGGUGUUUGAUGACUGGAUCGUUUUGGUAAGCAACUCUAAAACUAUGUAUUUAUUUGGAAUACUUGUGAUUUGUGCUAUUUUGGCAGCUUCUAA